CCCACAAACAACUUCCAAAGACUCCAUCAAUGUACUUCUCCCCCCCAACUCCCAUACAAAUACCCCCUCGCAAUCGACCGACUCCUCGAAGCCAUCCGCAGCUCCGAAGAGAAAAGAACGUUAUCUUGGUUGCAGCAAAUAUUCAAUGAAGUCGGCGAGACGUUUGAGCAAGUGGUUUUAGGGGGUCGGAGUAUAAAUACCGUUGAGCCUGAGAAUAUGGAGGCGAUGUUGUCUUCUGAUUUUGCCUGUAAGUUUGUUCUUAAGAGAUUUGAAAGUUAGAGGCGAGGUUUGGUAUAGAAUUGGCAAUUGACGGAGACUUUUAGCAUAUAGUCUUGGAACAAGACGAGCAGUAUUCGCUCCGCUCCUUGGGGAUGGAAUUUUCACGCAGGAUGAUGGGGCGUGGAAACACUCUCGGGUUAUGUUACGUCCGUUGUUUUGCCUUAAUCGAACGGACGUUUUUUCACAAGUUGAGAAGCAUACGGAUAGGUUGGUAGAUUGCAUUCCAACUGGGGAAUUCAUCGAUCUUCAGCCGCUAUUUUUCAGGUUUACAUUCGACACAACGACCCUCCUCCUUUUUGGGAAGUCUAUGAACUCAUUGGAAGGCACCGGUAGUGGCGACUCAAGUGAGUCUCGCUUCUCAGAAGCAUUUCGGAUCUCUCAGGAUUACCUCUUUCGUCGUGGUCAUCUAGGGGGUCUAUUUUGGUUAGUCAACAGCUGCGAAUUCGAAGAGAAUUGCGCGAUCGUACAUCGAUUUGUUGACGAGGCAGUGCAAGAAGCGCUUUCGGCAGCACCAAUCAAAGACAAACAGGGCAAUAGCUUCCUAGACAUUCUAGUGCGGGAAACUCGUGAUCCGAAGGUAUUGCGUGGUCAGCUUCUCAAUGUAUUACUUGCUGGUAGGGAUACCACGGCCUGUUGUUUGUCAUGGACUUUGUAAGUUGUCUCCAUUCCACUUAGCUCGGUUCUUUUCGCCGAUAUGAACAGUCGGCAGUUAGCUCAACAUCCACAAGUCCUGGCAAAACUCCGAGAGGAGAUAAGUGUAAUUGUUGGCGUAGGCCACGAAGCGAGAGCACCGGACAAGAAUUCGCUUAAGAAAAUGAAGUAUCUACACUAUGUACUAAAAGAAGGUAAAGACCCAUCUCAUUCCAUCCUCUUCAACAAACAGUUUUUACAAAAAUUCUAAUCCAUCCUCAGUAUCACGCCUAUACCUCCCCGUCCCAAUGAACUGCCGAACAGCACUCAAAGACACCAUCCUCCCCAAAGGCGGAGGCCCCGAUGGCAGCCAGCCCAUCAUGGUGCGGAAGGGAGAGAAUGUAGGAUACACAACGUACGUAAUGCACCGAUCAAAAGGACUAUACGGCGAGGACGCCGAGACCUUCCGUCCAGAGCGUUGGGAUAUUGAGGAUCGAAGUAACGUGGUGAAUCUUUGCAAUAUAGGGUUGGGAUACCUGCCAUUCAACGGGGGUCCGAGGUUAUGCUUAGGUCGUAAGUCAUUAUAGACCAAUCGCUUUUAUUGUAGAGAUGGAAAAGCUAAUGUAUUGUAGAGGAAUUUGCGUUGCUGGAAGCGGGUUUUGUGGUCACGAGGAUAUUGCAGAGGUUUAGAAGGUUGGAAAUAGAUAAACCUGUGAGAGUGGGGUCGGAAAAGCAGGAUCUUACUUUGGUACUGGCUAGUACUGAUGGGUGCCGAGUUAAAGGGUUCGAGUAG